AUGACUAUCCAAAAUUCCAAACUUUUCCAACCUCUUAAAGCUGGAUCACUCGAUCUCAAACAUCGAGUGGUCAUGGCUCCAUUGACAAGAUUCAGAGCUGAAAAGGGUACGGGUGUACCUGGUGAAUAUGCUGCAGAAUAUUAUUCUCAGAGAGCUACUGAUGGUGGUCUUAUCAUCACCGAGGCCACUUUCAUCUCUGACGCUGCGAGAGGAUACGAUGGUGUACCAGGUAUAUAUACCAAAGAUCAAAUCGCAGGAUGGAAAAAGAUCACCGAUGCUGUCCAUUCCAAAGGUGGAAAGAUCGUCGUCCAAUUAUGGCAUUUAGGCCGAGUCGCCAACCCACAAGUUGCACCUGUCAUCUACGCUGCUUCUGAUAUUCCCGACCCCACUGCCGAAGGUCCAAAACCCACAUUACACGUUAUGACCGAACAGGAUAUCGAUAGGACAGUAGAUGAGUAUGCCCAUGCUGCUAAGGCUGCAAUUGAGGCCGGGUUCGACGGUGUAGAGAUCCAUGGUGCUAAUGGAUAUCUUCUCGAUCAAUUCCUCCAAUCAGUAUCCAACCAGCGAACAGACCAAUAUGGUGGCUCGCUCGAAAACCGAUUCCGAUUCCCUUUGCGAGUCCUCAACGCCGUGUGUGAGGCGAUCGGUCCAGAGAAAGUCGGUAUCAGGAUGAGUCCAUUUGGUAAAUUCCAAGGAAUGAGGGAAGAGAAACCAUUGGACACUUUCAUCCCUUGGACCAAGACCAUCGUCGACGCUCAACCUAAACUAGCCUAUAUCCAUGCGAUCGACUCUAGAACCGCGGGAAAUAGCGAUGUACCCCCUGAGGAGAGGGUCAAGGAAGAUACUCUUGAUGACAUCCGACGAAUCACCACUGAGGCUGGAAUCACUUUCAUGGUAGCUGGUGGAUAUGCUGGUGACCAUGGACAUCCAAAGGAACAUGCGGAUAAGUAUGAUGAUUUGAUUGCCUUUGGACGAUAUUUCAUCUCCAACCCUGAUUUACCCGCUCGACUCAAGAAUGAUUGGCCCUUGAAGAAGUACGACCGAGAUACUUUCUACAGUCCUGGACCUAAAGGAUACGUUGAUUUCCACGAAUACCAAGCGAUCGCCCAGGACGAUGCUGCUCAUCCCAAAUGA